AAAACCCUAAAAACAUUAUAUCACUCUCUCUGUUCAUCUCUGUGUACGGCGACGAGGGAGCUAUGUCCGAUGUAGUAGCUGAGCUGGCGGAAGGAGAUGCAAAGCCGACGAAGCAGUUCAGUGUGUACGAAGCGACAUCGGAGGAGCUUAUAGAACGGUCGAUGGCGCCUAUAAAAAAGGAGUUCCUAUGUCCUCCUCCGAGCCGUUCCCUAAAGCAAAGUGACGUGAAGGCGCCUCAUCCGAGCUUAGUCCAGGAGAAGAAAUCGAAACGACAGCUCAAAAGAGAACGCCGGGAGAAAUGUGCGAUAAACCUGUGUCCGCAGGUUUCGAGAACAGAAGACGUUGAUUCCUGUCAGUAUAAAGAGAAAUGCCGCUUUAAUCAUGACAUUCAAGCUUUCAAAGCUCAGAAACCAGAUGAUAUAGAGGGGCAGUGCCCAUUUGUGGCCUCUGGGAUCAAGUGUCAAUAUGGUUUAUCAUGCAGAUUCUUUGGCACCCACAAAGAUUUAUCUGGAAUUUCUGAUGCCGAGAUUAACUUUUUCAACAAAGAGACACAGAGGCUUUUAUGGAAAAAUAACAUGACUUUUCCCAAGGCAGAUGCCAAACUUAAAUCCCUUGGCCUUAUGGGCCAUGCCAAAAAAAGCAAUGUCCCUCAAGAGAAUGACGCAGAAAAACCUCUAGAUGGUGCUCAGACAAAUGAAGAUGUUGAUAUUCCUGGACCAUUAGAAACUGAAGAUGUUCGUCCCACGAAAAAGGCAAAAUCUGACGAGACUUCUAAACUUGGAGACAUUAUUGAUGGGGUGAUGAAUGUGGACGAUGAAACGGAAAAGACCGGGCAUUCUACUUCAAAAGCCAAGAUAGAGGAUGAGGAGGAUAGCAUCAAAGUUGUUGAAACCGACGGGAGCCUAAAAUCGCACCCUCGCGAAAAGAAAAAGCUUAUUGAUUUUAGGGAUAAGUUGUACCUUGCACCCCUAACAACUGUGGGCAAUCUUCCCUUCAGAAGACUUUGCAAAGUUUUGGGAGCUGAUGUGACUUGUGGUGAGAUGGCCAUGUGUACAAAUCUUUUGCAGGGCCAAGCUUCCGAAUGGGCUCUGCUUAGAAGGCAUUCAUCGGAAGAUCUGUUUGGUGUUCAGAUUUGCGGUUCUUUUCCAGACACGGUGUCUCGUGCGGUUGAGCUUAUAGAUCGAGAAUGCACGGUUGAUUUCAUAGACAUCAACAUGGGCUGCCCGAUAGAUAUGGUUGUGAACAAAAGUGCUGGUUCAGCUCUUCUCAACAAACCAUUACGAAUGAAGAACAUCGUGGAGGUCUCUUCUUCCAUUGUUGAAACACCUAUCACUAUCAAGGUACGAACUGCAUUUUUUGAGGGUAAGAACCGGAUAGACUCGUUAAUUUCAGAUAUUGGGGAUUGGGGAGCCACUGCAGUGACGAUUCAUGGGCGGUCAAGACAACAACGUUAUAGCAAGUCUGCGGAUUGGGACUAUAUAUACCAGUGUACCAAAAACGCUUCCUCUAACCUACAAGUUAUAGGAAAUGGAGAUGUGUACUCUUUUUUAGACUGGAACAAACACAAGUCUGACUGUCCUGAGUUGUCUAGCUGCAUGAUUGCUCGUGGAGCAUUGAUCAAGCCUUGGAUAUUUACUGAAAUUAAAGAGCAACGGCACUGGGACAUUACCUCCGGGGAAAGACUCAACAUCUUCAAGGACUUUGUACGUUUUGGUCUUCAACAUUGGGGAUCCGAUACAAAAGGAGUUGAGACAACUAGGCAUUUCUUACUGGAGUGGCUAAGCUACACGUUUAGGUACAUACCUGUAGGUCUGCUGGAUGUGAUCCCGCAGCAAAUCAACUGGCGUCCGCCUUCUUACUUUGGUCGUGAUGAUCUCGAGACUCUCAUGAUGUCUGAAUCUGCGGGUGACUGGGUGAGGAUAUCGGAAUUGCUGCUUGGAAAGGUUCCGGAAGGCUUCACGUUUGCCCCCAAACACAAAUCCAACGCUUAUGAUCGAGCUGAAAAUGGCUAAUUACAAGUCACAUCUUAUGUAAGCUCAAUCUUCAUCCAUAAACAUGUCUGAAACUGUGAUGAGCAAAUUUCUAUUCAAUAGUUUUUUUGAGUGUAGACAGCAUUCGUGAAACAAUGUAUUUAUUCCCUUUUUCUAAAACCAAUUCUCAUAGUUAAUUACUUA